CCCCAUUUUCGUCAUUACUGUCUGUCUGAUGUCCGCAGAUCCAUAUUUAAUCAUUUCACCUGACGACACGAAAUGAUUUAAGAGUUGGUAGUUUUUAUACGUAUCAAUUUAUUUGCUUUAAUAAAGAUAUUAUUUUCACGACGACGGGCCCAUGCCUUCCGUUUCUGUUCCGCUUUCGGCUAAACUUGCGCCCAGGCGCUCGGCUUCGUCCCUCGCUUCCCCACCCGCACCCGCUCUUCCUAUCACGGCCCGGCGUCCCAACCGGAUUCCCGGCGCUGCCGACCGCCUCUAAAGCGCCACCAAGCGGCUCUAAAGCGCUCCAAAGCGGAACUGGAGGCUCUGCAGGAGGGGCCGUCGCUUCUCAAGGCUCCGGUUGGCUCCGGGGAUCCUCGACUUCCUCUUCGCCUUGGCGACUUCCUUUAGGUGCCCGCAAGCGGGCGGAAGUGGAAGGGAACAGGCUUGAGACAGCCUCGGGUAGAGCCAAUCGGUUUUUCUUUGCUUGCGGUCGCCGUCAUAAUCGGAGUUGGGGUUUUUUUUGCAUCAAACAUAUCUAGUCAUAAUCGUUUCUAGGUUGCCGCCAUGGUGUUGUCCUCCAUGCAGCAGGUCGUGAUCUCUGUCGCGCUGGUGUUGUGCCUUUUUGUGGUGAUGCCAAGGAUGUUCGGUGGAGGCGGGAGGGCCUCGCGAGGGGGAGCCAAGACCCCUCCCGGUCGUCACGAUCCUCAUCAGCACCGCCACGGUAGACCUGACAGACUUCUGCAAUCACAGAUGAAUUCAGGAAAUUCUGAAAAGAAAACCUAUGAGAACAUCCAACAAAUGAGGAAUGCAAUGGAGAAGGAGUUGAAAACUGAGCGAACCAGAGGAAAUGGCAGAGAUUUUGCUCUAACACUCAUGCCCUUAUAUGCCAUUGGAGUGGGUGUGUUUGCUUUAUACAAGUUUUUAAAGAUGAAAUCUCAAGAGGAACGUGUAUUGACAAAAGAGAAAAACACAGAGGAUAAAACAAAAGAAACAGAGCGCCAGCUUCUGGAGUUGGAGCAACAUCUUGCACAGACAGAGAAAAUGUUGAAUUCUCUAUUGACUCAAUUAGAUCCACUUUCAAGCUGUAUUAAUACCUUGGCUUCUGAACAGAGAGAUGAAAUAAUGAUACAGCUGGAGUCCAUUAGAAAGCUGAUGAGAGAAAGUGGAUUGGACAAAUCAGCAAUGAAACCACAAGAUAUUACCCAUGUGUGCCAAGAGAAGCUUGAAGAUCUUAUUCAGUCAUUCAGUGAACCUUCUGAGGCAGAAUUGAAUGAAGAGGCUCAUGAAAAAUGUGGGGAUGAAGUGCCUUUUGAUGAUGCUGAGGAACACUAUGAUGAAGAGGAACAUAAGUACUGUCAACAUGACUUCUUAUUUGGUUCAGUAGGAAACCCAGUAAAAAUGGAGGUUGCUGAAAUAAGUAAUCAAGAUACAGCAGAACUAGAGACUGGACUAAGACGGCGUGUUAGAAAUGAGUGAAAUAUGUAGAAAAUUAUGAUGAAUUAUUGCACAUCUGAGAAUGCACUUUUAAAUUAUCUUGAAACUUGUUCACAUUUAAUGCAGUAUGCUUAAAAACCAAUAUAUUUAUGAAACUUUUCUAUUUAUUCUGUAUGAAAUUAUUUCUGUAUAUAUUAUGCUGACAGUCCUAUGUGGUGUUUCACUACACUGUCAAGAUUUAUCAUAUUUUUACGAUAAUUAAAGUUGAGGA